GGUUCAUCCCAGCAGGCUGUGCGCGUGCCCGCUCCGUGACAGACAUGGCGGCGGAUCCGAGCUUGGACUGGGUCAGCUCCCUGCCCUGGGCGUGGGGCUACGGGAUCACCGCGGCCGGCCGAGUCUUCUUUAUCAAUGAGGAAGCCAAGAGCACAACCUGGCUGCACCCGGUGACCGGGGAGACCGUGCUGACCGGACACAGGAAGACCCCAGAUUUACCUACCGGCUGGGAGGAGGCGUACACAUUUGAAGGUGCCCGAUACUACAUCAACCACAAUGAGCGGAAAGUGACAUGUAAGCACCCGGUGAGCGGCCAACCCUCCCAGGACAACUGCAUCUUUGUGGUGAAUGACCAGCCAUCAGCGAUGACGUCGCAGGAGACAAAGGACAGAACGGUCAGCAUGACGAGUGACCACUCCAACUGCAACACUAUGCCCACUGCAAACCCCACCAGCCCUGUAUCCAGGCCCUCGAGAUCCUCCGGGAAGCUUCACAACUUUGGGAAAAGGUCAAAUUCCAUAAAGAGAAACCCCAAUGCCCCUGUGACGAUGCAUGGCUGGCUGUAUAAGAAGGCAAAUUCGGGGAUGAAGUUAUGGAAGAAGCGCUGGUUUGUGCUUUCGGACCUGUGUCUCUUCUAUUACAGAGAUGAUAAGGAGGAAGGUGUCCUCGGCAGUAUCUUACUUCCCAGCUUCCAGAUAUCACUGGUAACUGCAGAUGACCAUAUUAACCGCGCUCAUGCCUUCAAGGCAGCGCACUCAAACAUGAGGACCUAUUAUUUCUGCUGUGACACCAGUAAAGAGAUGGACAUAUGGAUGAGGGUGAUGACUGCGGCCUCCCUCGUACACUCUCAGCCUGCGAAACGAACGGAUAUCACUAAACUUGAUCACCCUCCCCCACAAGAGAUCAACCAUGUGGCCAACCAAAGACUAUUGAUCCGACCAGAGACCAACAACAACCAGAAGAAUCAAGAGAUGAUGAUCAACAGAGGGGAUGAAAAAGUAUUUCGAGAAGCUGAGAAGUAUGGAUUCCAGAAGGAUGGCCAGGAGCGCCCUCUAACCAAGAUAAGCAGCGUGAAGCAUCACUCCUACAUAUCUGACUAUGACUUCCUGGCGGCAAACACUGCACAGUACAGAGCAACCCACGUGAAUGGCCCAGAGAGCAGAUUACACGAUGGGCAGGGUCACCUCUCAGAGAUGGACUUCAGGGGUCACCAGAGAAGUGUUGUGUCCCAGCAGGUUGAGACUGACAGAGCCAUCCAGAGAACCAACUCCAUGCUGCAGCUUGAGCAGUGGAUCCGAACGCAGAGAGAGAAGAGUCCAGAGGAGGAUACUGGCGGUGUCAUGUCCUAUCAGACAUUACCCCGGAAUAUGCCAAGCUACCGGGCUCCGGUGGUGCCACGUUACCCUGAGGGAUACAAGACGCUGCCGCGGAAUCUCAAGACACGACCAGACAGUGUCUGCAGCACCACUGGCAUGCUAUAUGAACGGACAUUGGUCCCGGUAACGGCCCCGCUGGAGGAGAAGCGGAGGUCAGUGCGGGAUGAUACCAUGUGGCAGCUGUAUGAAUGGCAACAAAGGCAGUUUUACAAUAAACAGAGCACUCUGCGGCGACACUCUUCUCUGACCAGUCCCAAGACCAUGGUUCAUAUCUCCGAUCAGACCCUUCACUCCAUCCCUAUGUCACCAUCUCAUGGCUCCAUCUCUGGCUACCACACAUAUUCCCCUCACCGAGCCUACCGAUCAGAAGUGUCCUCGCCGGUGCAGAGGGGUGACCUGACUAUAGAACGCAGACAGAAGCCACAGUCCAAUAAGCUCGCCUUUGCUGCUGAGAGAAGGUCAGUGCCGGCAGGAUUGUCUGUACAGCCCAUUACACCACAGGGUCUUCAAGGCAAAACUCCUGAGGAGCUGACAAUCUUAUUAAUCAAACUGCGGAGACAGCAAGCGGAGCUGAGCAGUAUCCGGGAACACACCUUAACCCAGCUCUUGCAUUUAAAGCAGGCUUGCAGCCCAAAGAAUGAGAUUCUCUCACAUCAUCUUCAAAGGAACCUCGUCUAUAUGGAUCACCAGAUGAAAGACAAUGAGCCGUUAAUCAGCAUGGUUCACACUAUGAUUGAGAACUUGGCGCUUAGACCACAGCUAUACCAGCAAAUGACUCAGGAUGACUGCAGAACGACGGUGUACAAACACCGGACUGAAGAGCUGGACAUUGAUGCCAAGCUGAGCAGAUUAUGUGAGCAAGACAAAGCGGUGCAGGCCUUGGAGCAGAAGCUGCAGCAGCUGCACAAGGAGAAGUACACCCUGGAACAAGCUCUGCUCUCCGCCAGUCAGGAGAUAGAGAUGAAUACAGACAAUCCAGCCACUGUUCAGAGUGUAGUGCUACAGAGGGAUGAGCUGCAGAGCGGGCUGCUCAGUACCUGUCGAGAAGUGUCCCGGGCCACGGCGGAAUUAGAAAGAUCCUGGAGAGAGUACGACAAGUUAGAGAGAGAUGUCACCACAGCAAGAAACCAGAUGCGGGAGCGUUUAGAAAGACUGGGGGAGGUCCAGACGGAGUCGGCCGGAAUCCAGCGGGCACAAAUGCAGAAAGAGAUCUGGAGGAUUCAAGAUGUGGUGGAAGGACUUAGUAAACACAAGCAGCAGAGGCCACAGACAGAUAACUCUGACCCCAAGCUGCUGUCUUCAGGAAUGAGCCCGGGUGAGGAAGAGGAGCUAGUUCCUCCGCGUCCUCCGCUCCCUCGCUCCUAUGACAUUGCUGAUGCAGCUCCCUCUCUUCCCCAUUUACCAAGUGAUAGCAGCUCGUCCUUGCUGUGUUACAGCAGGGGCCCCGUCCACCUUCCUGACGACAAGAGCACCCAUCACGUCCAGAUCUAUCAAAGAAACGGAUCUUAUUCUGGACCCGAUUACAGAUUGUACAAGAGCGAGCCCGAGCUGACCACCGUGGCUGAGGUGGAUGAGUCCAAUGGUGAAGACAAGGCUGAAUUGAUGCUGGACAUGGGGGCUGCAGCCAACAAAGGUUCAAACUUUCCGGUGGGAGUUGUACCCCCAAGGACCAAAUCUCCACAAAUGGAAUCCAGUACUAUUGCAUCCUAUGUCACCUUACGCAAGAACAAGAAGCUGGACACCAAAUCGGAGCGGCCACGGAGUGCUGUGGAACAUCUCUGCUUAACUGAAAGCCCACGACCACGCAUGACACUGGAGGAGCAGUUGGAGAGGAUGCGCAGACAUCAGGCUGCAUGUCUGAAGGAAAAGAAGAAAGGGUUUAGUUUCCUGGGUUCCUCAGACCAAUCUCCGUCAAGGAGUCCCUCCUUCUCCGGGGAAAAUUCUGUAAAACUGGUGCAGCUCCAGAAGAAGGAGGAAAAAAUCUUCAGUAACAUCAAAGAUAUGGAGAAUGUUGUGCAGGAAAGAAACACUGAAUCAUCAGCUCAAGACGUCUCAAGACUGAAGGAGGUGACUGAAUUACAGAGCUCUCCAGCAAUCUGUGAUAAAGAAUCAGGAGAUGUGGUCACUACUGAGAAGUCUCCUGCACAUGAAGCCAAAGAUGAUAGAGCAGAAACUUCAAAUACAACGCCAGAAACCCUCGGAAACUGUUUACAAGUUUUGGCCUCUGUUCCAAAACACAAAUCUGAGAGCGGUGAGAGCGUCAGCAGCACGGCGAGAGAGGCGGAGUGCAGCGGCAUCCUCUUCUCCUACGACUUCUCUGCGGAUACUCUGAGGAGACAGACUGUGUUAGACGCUGGAAAUCUUCCUUCCCUUCCUGAAGCGCAGGAGUUACCGGUGCAGCCACAGCUGACAGAAGGCUCGCACUUUAUGUGUGUGUAGCUAGAGCAGAGUCUUCUCUGGAUGGAGGAUGGUCGUUACUGUACAGUUUAUAACCAAAUCCGGAAUGGCGCUCCUGUGUGACUUGGAUUCCCGCUUGCUGCUACAUUCUACUUGCACAUAAAGAGGUAGAGUGGAGGGGUAGAAGGAGGUUCCUGCCGCACAUCCCCCACUCUUCUCUGCACUCUCACCCUCGCCGCCAUGUUUUCUGCGAUUCUUCCAGGGGCGUCCAGCAAUAACGAGCUGUAUAAAUGUAAUUAUGUUCAUUGUAUAUUCAGGAGACGGCCGGAGCUCAUGCCUUUUAUAACAUGUCAAAUAAAUGUCAAUGUUGUUUAA